CAAAGUACACUGCGAAACACCUGUCGAGUUAAAACAGCAAGACGACGAGGUUUACAGAGAAAUUGAUUACAGUGCAGCUACAUAGGAUAAAGAACGUCGUUGCUAUAGCCAUUAAAACAAAUCAAAACCAAACGAGGUACAUUAUGAAUGUAGAUUUACAGUCACCUAUUGUUUGACUGAAACUCCCUUAAACACAAUUACGCGUUAUUAUUACACAGUUUCUUUUCAGAAUGCAAAUCGAUUGGUAAUCUAUGUGAUACAUCGGUUGCGGUUCGGUGAUUGUUGCUUUAGAUCGGUGCCCACUGGGACUAAUAUCGUGUUUAUAUGACAAUGUCAGCCUCGACCUUUAAAAGCAAGUGCGUUUCACUCAUUCACUGCGCGUUCUGCGAAAGCGUCCUGUGCACACGAGGAAUGAAAGCUGCCCUUUUGGCCGAUACUGAAGUUGAGCUCUAUUCGACUGACAUACCGCCGAAAAGCUCGGUUGACUUUGUUGCAAACUGCUAUUCAACAGAAAGCUGCAAAUGCAAACUGAAAGACAUCGCAUGCUUGAAAUGUGGUAACAUUGUCGGGUACCAUGUGGUGGCCCCCUGUAAUCCCUGCCUGCUGUCUUGUAAUAAUGGCCAUUUCUGGAUGUUUCACAGUACAGCUGUGUCUGCUGCUAGUAGGCUGGACUCAUCAGGAUCAAAACUUCUGCUUUGGGGAGACCUGCCUGACACUGAGGAGAGCGACGACGAAGGGAUAGACAGUCUGUCUGAAGAGGAAUGUAUCAGAUAGAAAGAUGAUACUUCAGUGUGGAGACCUCUGAUCCACAUCCACAGCACAUCCAUCGAUUACACUGUGAGACGCAUAUGAACUUGAGUUGUAAAGGGGGGGGUCAAAAUUGUGCUAACGAAACGUUGAUAUUGCUUCGUGCUUCACCGUCAUUAUUUCCAAAUCAAUCAAACGGCCAAGCAAAUCAUCCAUCCGUAAAAGAAAAUGAAAAGCUGCAGUCAGUUACAUCCUCAAUCGUUAAACGGCAGGAGAGUCCUGCUGAUGUGAAACUCUGUAUUAGUCUGCACCAGCCGGCAUUACAGUACAAUAUUGAGAUUGCUCUGAUCUGUUCUUGAUAGGCGGUAUACCUGUUCCACGAGAGGGAUUAUAUGGUAUUUCUGUAGUGGUGGAUAUCUGCAAGGCAAUCGACUUGAAACGUUGUUGCAUUUUUUUUAAUAAGUUACACAGUCAUUGGAUUUAAUAUAAUGUUCAGGAAGGACAGAUAUUUUUAUUAUUGAGAUUCCCCCUUUCAUCUUUUUUACCUUGUGGUUCAGAUUAACAUUCAGCUGCUGUCCACAACGCUGUCGGCAGUCUGAAGGCUGAUAUCUAAAGUGGUUACUUUAUCCCUGAAAGGGAUUGGAAACCAAACAGACAAAAGGAUACUGUGUUAGAAUUGCACUGGAAGUUCAAGGUCCCACAAUUGAAAAGGAGAGGAGUUUUAGAGUUCUUGUGGUUCUUUCUUACUAGGUUGAAGAGUAAUUUAACUUUGAAUUAAGACAAGACAUGUAUUAUAAGUUACUUAUUGCACAAUCAAAGGAUUUCUAUAUUUUUGUUAGAUUUAUUUUUUUUACUUUUCAACAAUUUUUAUAAAUAUGGUGUUUUUUAAAUAAAAAAUCAAGUAGGAUGAUCAGAUUUGAAGAUUGCAGUAUUAUUAGGAGCAUCAGCAGCAUUCAUUUGUUGGCUGUGUUUGUGUUUUCUUGCUGAGCAGUUGAUUUCCAAAAUCUUAUUAUUUUUUAUAUUUAUUUUAUGUUGACAUGCAUCGACGCAACUCUCAAUCAAGAUUUAGAAAAUGCUUGACUGUAAAAGACGAGGCAUUAAAAAUAAUAAUGAAAAGAAGGCUAUAGUGGUGCAUACUUGAGCUUGAAAGCUGUAACUGACACAAACUCAUCUUAAACUGACACAUGUCUGCUUUGGAAAUUGAGGAUUGCUCUACUUUAAGGUGCUAAGCACCUUUUUUUUCAUUUGCAUUGAAGCAAAGAUAUAUUUAUAUCUACUUUGAUAAAGCGUCUGCAUAAAAAUAACAGGCUGCAAUUGCACUGACUUACACUUUGUAUAUAUGUGUAUGU